AUGAACGAAUUCGCCGAAAGUUAUUGGUGCUUUUUGCCUUAUCCAGUUCUCUACAAGAUUUUCCAACAUUUAACAUACCAGGAACUGAAUUCUGCUGGACAAGUUUGUAAAUUUUGGUAUGAAGUUAGCUUGGAUGAACUAUUAUGGAAAGAAUUAUUCUUCAAACAUUUUUUGGUCGACCCAACUAUUCCAGUUCUUUCUGGUAGGACUUGGUACAAUGAAUUCAAAAGAUUGUGCUAUCAUAUACCAGUGGUUCAGACAGAGACAAUAGUAGAUCAUGAUGAUCAAGUUUUACAUGUGAGCUUCUCACACAAUGGAAAAUAUUUUGCAACUUGUUCUAAAGAUGGAUAUGUCCUUUUAUGUACCUCAAAAUAUCCAGUUAAUGUCAAAUAUGUCAGGAACAUGAAGAGCUUCAAGUGGAAAUAUACACAGUACUCACAAUUCAAUGAAUCUGAUACACUGCUACUAGUAUCUGGUGUCCAUUUUGGUACCACUCAUAGUACUUCUGGGGAAAUUGCAGUAUUCAACUUAGAUGGAUUCGAACUUCAGUGCAGAGUCGUCAACAAACCUUAUGACAUUUUCGGAACCUGGUACAGUGACCAAUACCUGCUUUCUGGGGACAUCCAUUGGCUCGCUCAUCUAGUCAGCAGUUCAUAUUUGUGGCUAAAUAAGGCUUCCCAAGAAGCAGAAUCCGAACUAGUCCCUAUCACGCAUUGCUUGUACAGAUUCUACAAUCGCCACGCAAGUUCCAUAAGGGCGAUUAUGAUUGCUAAUUGUCUACCGAAUUCCGAGAAUGUCAACAGGGUUGUAGAACGCGAGGUGGGAGAGCCCAGUCAGGGUCAGGGAAGCUCUUCGCAGCAUGGAAAUCCUGUUAGUCAUAACGAUCUUAGGUGGUUACCAUGUGACAUGAGAGUAGAUCUCUGCAAUGAAAUGUUUGAAACGAUGGAGAUCGACUUUCCUUAUCCAAUUUGGUACAAUGCACAAUAUAGGAAAGUUGAAUUUGAAACAAAUUCAGCAAACGAACGUAUCGAAGAAAUGCACAUGUUAGAGGAUUCAGAGGAUAAUAAUUCCGAAACAUCAUGUGAAGCCGACUCUGAUAGGUAUGUUACAACCGAUAAAUACUUGAUUUUCACGACUGGCUUCAAAACAUAUACUCCUCACCAAAUAGGCUUCAAGAGGAUAAAGCCAUUUGUCUUUCCCAAAACGAUGGAUCUCGGACCUAGUUUGAAAGAGAGGCUAAUACUGUUUGAACAAAGAAAAGAGCAGAUGAAAUCUGGUAGUCCUCCUCCCGAUCCUGAUUGGUUGGAUUUCGAUCAGGUGUCGGAAAAAUUUGAUAAAAUCGACCAUUUGAUUGAUCUUCACGGACACAUCGUUGGAAUGGGACUUAGUCCUGACCAUAGAUAUUUAUAUGUGAAUAGUAGAUCGUGGCCCGAAAACUAUGUGAUCAGCAAUCCCUUGGAUCCACCUCCCAUAGCACAAGAAAUCGAUAUACAUGUGAUAGAUUUGGUAACGAUGGAACAGGUUGGGACUAUGCUGAAAUCGCACAAAGCAUUCUCGCCGAACAACGAAUGCUUUUUCAUUUUUUUGGACGUAGGAAACGAAUAUGUUGCUAGUGGUGCUGAAGACAAACACGGCUACUUAUGGGACAGACAUUACGGAGCCUGUUUGGCAAAAUACCCGCAUACCGAUGUUGUGAAUUCGGUAGCUUUCAACCCGAAAGAUCCCGAAAUGCUAGUGACCACUUCAGAUGAUUGCACAAUCAAAAUUUGGCGAUCGAGAGCUAAAGCGAAUGAAUUGGGAUUGGACCAGAGUGCAUUUCAAAAAGGCAUCGAAUUGAGGAAAGGAAAGAGUCUACCUAAUAAGCGAUUUAGGUAA